CUCAGAGCGGAGAGUUUAAGAGAAACAGGCCCUAGACGCCGGGGCAGAUCGGGGCUUGGAGUUCUCUUGGCGUCGCACGGGCCCAGCGUGCACCAUCUCCAAGCACCCCCUUUUGCCCUCCCGGCGCUCCCAUGGCACAGUUCGUGUUCGAGAGCGACCUGCACUCUUUGCUUCAGCUGGACACGCCCAUCCCCAAUGCACCCCUUGCGCGCUGGCAGCGCAAGGCCAAGGAAGCGGCCGGGCCGGCCCCCUCCCCGAUGCGGGCCGCCAACAGAUCCCACAGCGCCGGCAGAACCCCAGGCCGGACUCCUGGCAAAUCUAACUCCAAGGCUCAGACCACUCCUAGCAAGCCUGGCGGUGACCGCUAUAUCCCCCAUCGUAGUGCUUCCCAGAUGGAGGUGGCCAGCUUCCUCCUGAGCAAAGAGAACCAGCCUGAAAACAGCGAAACGCCCACCAAGAAGGAGCAUCAAAAAGCCUGGGCUUUGAAUCUGAACGGUUUUGAUGUGGAGGAAGCCAAGAUCCUCCGCCUCAGUGGAAAACCACAGAAUGCCCCAGAAGGUUACCAGAACAGUUUGAAAGUACUCUACAGCCAAAAGGCCACGCCAGGCUCCAGCCGGAAGACCUGCCGUUACAUUCCUUCACUGCCAGACCGCAUCCUGGAUGCUCCUGAAAUCCGAAAUGACUACUACCUGAACCUUGUGGAUUGGAGCUCUGGGAAUGUACUGGCUGUGGCACUGGACAAUAGUGUGUACUUAUGGAGUGCGAGUUCUGGUGACAUCCUGCAGCUUUUGCAAAUGGAGCAGCCUGGGGACUAUGUAUCCUCUGUGGCCUGGAUCAAAGAGGGCAACUAUUUGGCUGUGGGCACUAGCAAUGCUGAGGUGCAGCUCUGGGAUGUACAACAGCAGAAGCGGCUUCGAAACAUGACCAGUCACUCUGCUCGAGUAAGCUCCCUAAGUUGGAACAGCUAUAUCUUGUCCAGUGGUUCACGCUCCGGCCACAUCCACCACCAUGAUGUUCGGGUAGCAGAGCACCAUGUGGCCACAUUAAGUGGCCACAGUCAGGAAGUAUGUGGGCUGCGCUGGGCCCCAGAUGGACGACAUUUGGCCAGUGGUGGCAAUGAUAACAUAGUCAAUGUGUGGCCUAGUGCUCCUGGAGAAAGUGGCUGGGCUCCCCUGCAAACAUUCACCCAGCACCAAGGGGCUGUCAAGGCUGUUGCAUGGUGUCCCUGGCAAUCUAAUAUCCUAGCAACAGGAGGAGGCACAAGUGACCGUCACAUUCGAAUCUGGAAUGUCUGCUCUGGAGCCUGUCUGAGUGCUGUGGAUGCCCAUUCCCAGGUGUGUUCCAUCCUCUGGUCUCCCCACUACAAGGAGCUCAUCUCAGGCCAUGGCUUUGCCCAGAACCAGCUGGUUAUUUGGAAGUACCCAACCAUGGCCAAGGUGGCUGAGCUUAAAGGUCACACAGCCCGGGUCCUCAGUCUGACUAUGAGCCCAGAUGGGGCCACAGUGGCAUCAGCAGCAGCAGAUGAGACCCUUCGGCUCUGGCGUUGCUUUGAGCUGGACCCUGCUCGGCGAAAGGAGCGGGAGAAGGCCAGUGCAACUAAAAGCAGCCUCAUCCACCAAGGCAUCCGUUGAAGACAAACCCAUCACCUCAGUUUUGUUCUGGUUUUUUUUAUUAUUUUCUAAUAAAGUAAUGUCUCCCUUU